GAGAAAAACCAAUGGGUUGACUCCCACACGUGCAGCCUUCUGGUGUAUGGACGAGCGCUCCAACAAACUGAGCCACACUAGCCAGUACUGAAGUUUUUAAUUUUUAAAAAAAUUUAAAUUUUUGAUUGUUGAAAGUAUUACAUAUGUCUCUUUUUCCCCCCAUUGACCUCUCCCCAGCCACUCCCACCCCCCCACAUCUGUCAGAAGGACUAUCAUCAACAAAUCAACAAACGAGUACUGGUUAUCAUUUGUUGAGGUGUAGAUGUCUAAGAUAAAAGAGCCUGGAAUGCUGAGCCAUCAUGUGGAAGAAAACUGCCCAGAGAGUCAUUAGACCUACAGCAAACCCUGAACAAGGAAGAAAAUAGAAGAAAAAGUGCUGGAAGCCCGUCCAUCCUUGCUGCUUGACAUAGUCGCUGCAGGGAAGAAACAUCUGCACAACAUAUGUUUCAAGGGACCUGGCGUAUAUGGCGUACUGUUCUUAAUAUGUUUGCUCCCCUUCUUGGCGCUUUGUGUUUUAACCAAGGUCACCUCUCCGAGAAAGGUUGUUUCCCCAGGUAGGGAUUUUCCCUGAAGUUAGGGAGGGAAUAAAACCCCUUAACUAAGUGCCAGGUGGGUAGUUAAUCACUUUAACUACGAACAAUCACGCUUAAGCUAAAUAAUCUUUACUCCCUGGAAUGGAGAUAAGAAAUGCCCUAACCUGUGGAAUAGAGAUUGAUAGGAUUAAAAUCAAUUGGUAUAAAUACAGAUGUAACAAGACAACAAAAAACAGAACUUGGAACCUUCUCCAGAACAGUGUGUCUUGGGAACUCACCUGGCUGGGGAGACUUCUGGAAGAGACUGCAACCACACAUCAAGGCUUGAUCCUUGAGCUGACCUCUUCCUAUUUUUCCUGCUACGGAAAGCCCUGGAUCUGCUCCUUAGGUGAGUGCACGAUUGCCCAUUUGCACUAUUCUAGAGAAACAGCGGCCGCGGCGGCCCCUGAGAAGAACGAGAGGGCAAGCGAGCGCAGCGCUCCCGGGCCAGCCUGGCCCUCUCUCCUCAUCAUCGUCAGCCCUCUGCUGCCUUUCUCCGCUUCCACCUUUUCUCCUCUCCCCCCCAAGUGGAGGCCCGCUCCGGGGCAGGGAGGACUGGGAGUGAAUUCCCCUAACUCCUUCACCCUCUCCCUGCACCUGGCCCCCUUGUGAGAAGGCCCGGCCCUGUCCGGCCCGCCUGGUGUGUGAGGAGCACCCGGGCCAGCCCACGGUUGUCUGGGGCCUGGUCCGGCCCGCCUGGUGUGUGAAGACCAGGGCCAGGUGGGUCUCGCCUGAGGGCGAGCCGAGAGGAGGGGCCUGGUCCAGCUCGGCUGGUGUGUGAGGACUGGGGCCCCGGCCAGGCGCUGCCACCACCACCGCCGCAAUGGCCAGCUCCCAGAAGGCCCUGAUGCUGGAGCUCAAGUCCCUGCAGGAGGAGCCGGUGGAGGGCUCCCGGAUCACCCUGGUGGAUGAGUCUGACCUCUACAACUGGCAGGUUGCCAUCUUCGGACCCCCCAACACCCUCUACGAAGGCGGCUACUUCAAGGCGCAUAUUAAAUUUCCUAUUGACUACCCAUAUUCACCACCUACCUUCAGAUUCUUGACCAAAAUGUGGCACCCCAACAUUUAUGAGAGUGGACAUGUAUGCAUUUCAAUUCUUCAUCCACCCGUAGAUGCCCCACAGAGUGGUCAGCUGAACUCCGAAAGGUGGAAUCCUACUCAGAAUGUCAGGACUAUCCUGUUAAGUGUCAUCUCAUUGCUUAAUGAGCCCAACAUCUUCUCCGCAGCCAAUGCGGAUGCUUCAGUUAUGUUCAGGAAAUGGAGGGACAGUAAAGGGAAAGACAAAGACUAUGCUGAAAUCAUUAGAAAACAGGUUUCAGCCACUAAAGCCGAAGCAGAAAAGGAUGGAGUGAAAGUACCCACGACCCUGGCAGAAUAUUGCAUCAAAACGAAAGUGCCUUCCAAUGACAACAGCUCAGAUUGGCUUUAUGACGACUUGUACGACCUUGACAUUGAGGAUGAAGAGGAGGAGGAGGAGGAAGAUGCUGACUGUGAUGACCAUGAUGAUUCUGGGAAUGAGGAGUCGUGACCUGCUCCUUCGCAGCCCCUGUACUGCCCUGCCAUCUCAGGCCAAAGGGAGAGGAGCAAGUGGGGACCUAGCAGUGGCCCCUCAGCAAAACCCUAUCACAGGGGGUGGGGAAAACAAACAUGGCUCCUGCUGACUCCCCUUGUGGAUCUCAGUUGGCUCCUUUUUAUGGACCUCUUAAUGGAGGGAAGGUAAUUGUGAAAGAAAGGGGCCACAUGCUGACCUGACAAGCUCAGGGGAGGCCUGCAUGGCAGUCUGAGACCUAAAGUCACCACAAAGGAUGGUCUGAAAUUAAACUUGAACUCAGAGCAGUUAUGGUGGGCUGUUAUGUCCUAGACCUGUAUCUUCACUGACAAGGUCAUCCUUUACCUUAACUGAGCCUAUCUGUCUUUUUGCAUCUAUGAUAACACACCUUUGAAAUGUCUGGGUAACUUGUAACUUCCCUUUUUCUGGAGCCCCUGGGGCACAACCAAAUGUACUGGGCCCUAGGACAGAUACCACGAAUUCCUUCAUUGUUAUGUUAAUUGAUCCUGCACCCACCUAAGUGUGUGUCCAUCAUUUUACUUUUAUCCAAUCCCAGGGGUUUCCCUGCUUUGCUUUAUCCCUCCUCCUUAAUCUAUCACCAGUGAAUUUCAUGUAACCCACUUAUGUCCCUCCUUUGAUUGCAAAUGUAUAAAUACAAAUGUAACCCCACCAUUCUCCGGAGCAUUAUCUCAAUUCCUUGAGGUUCUGCUUCCUGGCAUAUGUCGACAGUUUGGCUCAAAUAAACUCACAAAAAUUCUAAAAAAAAAUAAAAUAAAAUAAAAAAUAAAACAACUUGGUUGGAGAUUG